AUGUCUGCGACUCAGCUGCUAAAUCCAAAAGCAGAAUCACGACGGAGAGGGGAAGCUUUAAGGGUGAACAUCAGCGCCGGCGAGGGCCUUCAAGAUGUCCUGAAAUCGAAUCUUGGUCCAUCAGGGACCAUAAAAAUGUUGGUUGAUGGGGCUGGUGCGAUCAAACUUACAAAAGAUGGGAAUGUGCUUCUUCGAGAGAUGCAAAUUCAAAACCCUACAGCGGUCAUGAUUGCGCGCGCGGCUACGGCGCAAGAUGAUAUCACCGGAGAUGGUACAACAUCAGUAGUUCUCCUUGUCGGGGAGCUGCUCAAGCAAGCUGAUCGACAUCUAUCUGAGGGCUUGCACCCGCGUGUGCUUACUGACGGGUACGAAAUUGCUAAAACUGAAGCACUCAAGUUUCUUGACAAGUUCAAAAUCCAGAGAGAAAUCGACCGGGAACUGCUCCUCUCCGUUGCCCGAACCUCCCUCUCUACGAAAUUGAAUGGUGCCCUAGCCGAAAAAUUGACUCCUUCUAUUGUCGAUGCGGUUCUUGCCAUUCACCGGCCUCCUAACAAGCCUGAUCUUCAUAUGAUCGAGAUCAUGAAGAUGCAACAUCGAACCGCUUCCGAUACCCAACUUAUUCGAGGCCUUGCCUUGGACCACGGAGCGCGUCAUCCGGAUAUGCCAAAACGGGUCGAGAAUGCCUUUAUUUUAACGUUGAAUGUUAGUCUGGAGUAUGAAAAGUCGGAAAUUAACUCUGGUUUCUACUACUCCACCGCGGAACAGAGAGAUAAACUGGUUGAAAGCGAGAGGAAGUUCGUGGACUCGAAGCUGCGGAAGAUUGUCGAGCUGAAGAAGCAAGUUUGCGGUGAUGAUCCAAAAAAAGGCUUUGUCGUUAUUAACCAGAAGGGUAUCGAUCCUUUGAGCUUGGAUGUGCUUGUCAAGAACGGAAUACUUGCCCUGCGCAGAGCAAAGCGUCGAAAUAUGGAACGGUUGCAACUGGUGUGUGGUGGCACUGCACAAAACAGCGUUGACGGCCUUAAACCAGAAGAUCUCGGGUGGGCGGGUCUCGUGUAUGAACAUCAACUAGGCGAGGAAAAAUUCACAUUUAUUGAAGAUGUCAAAGAUCCGAAAUCGGUUACCAUCCUCAUCAAGGGUCCCAACCAACAUACGAUCACGCAGAUCACUGAAGCUGUGAGAGAUGGUCUUCGCUCUGUAUAUAAUACUAUAGUCGAUGGCUGUGUUGUUCCCGGAGCCGGUGCAUUCCAGGUUGCCUGCGCUGCGCAUCUUUCGUCCGAAGCGUUCAGGAAAACUGUCAAGGGAAAAGCCAAAUGGGGCGUUAGUGCCUUCGCCGACGCCCUGCUCAUUAUCCCCAAAACUCUCGCCGCGAACUCUGGCCACGAUAUUCAAGAUUCACUUGCGGCGCUGCAAGACGAACAGAGUGAAGGAAGUGCUGUCGGACUUGACCUCACAACAGGAGAACCGAUGGACCCCGUCCAGGAGGGUGUAUUUGAUUCCUUCAGAGUUCUCAGGAAUUGUGUCGCCUCAAGUGCCGGUAUUGCGUCGAAUCUCCUGCUCUGCGACGAACUUCUUAAGGCAAGACAGAUGGGGAGGUCGGGCGGUCCAGCAGGAAUGGAUGAAUGA